UGUGCUAUGUGUUCUGUGUAAGCAAAUGGGUUAACAAAUUGACAAACCUCUGGGCAAACAGGAUUUAUACCAAUUAAAUCCUGAGCACUGGCUGUGGAUUCUGGAAUUUUAUAUGAUGUAGCCACUGAAGAACAUGCAUUAGAUGUUCAAGAAGCAUAUUUCAGUGUGAAAUUCAGUCAAAACACUCAUUAAGAAGUUUGUCCAAGAUCCGAAUACAUUGCCCUCCUGAAAAAGUCUUGAGACUCGGUGAGGCUUUCCUGGAUAAAUAAGUGGCUGUUAUUUUACAGUUGUGCUGAUUGAUCAGCGAUGUGCAAUUCGGUGGUCGUCUCCUAAUUAGUUAUCCUAGCUACAUUGUUUUUUUGGCUGGCUUUGCUUUACAAAUACAGAUUGUCCUUUCUUGUCAGAUUCAGUAGGUUUAGCAAGUUUAUUGAUGCCAUAUUUUCAGCAUCCAUUCCGGUGACUUUCACAUUUGAAGUGGCCUAUGGCCAUCACGGUUGGCUGGUUUUGGGAGCACAUAUGGAAGGGCUGUGUUUGUGAGUUUGGGAUAAAGUGCUACAAAGUGUUCACGAGCCCAUACUAACUCUCCUCCUCAAUUUCUCUCCUACAGCGGUUCUGCUUUGACAGACCAGGCUGAACAGGUGCAAUGUACACGCCAUGUGUUGAAGUAAAAAAAAAGAUUUUUAAGUAUAGUACGAUAUCAAAUUGGCUUUGGAAAUAAUUUGUAGAAACGAAAUUGGUUGGAAUGUAAGUUCCCUCAUUUACAGUAAGUUUGUGAAUUCAGAAUUAGUGCUAUUUCUUAUCAAACAAAUUCUUGUAUUAAGAUACAUGGUAUUUUCCUUGUCAAGGUAAGGUUCCCAGUCACGUCACUUGAUAUUUAUUUUCUAGCCCUUGCAAAGUGUUACUAAUGCGAUAACAGCUGAUUUUCUAGGCUCCCUUCUCCACCUUGAAGCCGGGAUGUGGUGAAGAUCUCGACCUAUCAUGCCGAGGGAAGACUCCAGAUCCCAAGGCAUUGGCCAGAUCCUACAUGGAUGUGAUGAAAGAGGCUCACCUUACCAAAGAGGAGAAAGAGAUCAGGAUGCAGCUUGCAGACAAGGCCAAGGCAGGAGAGCUGAAGGUUGUGAAUGGAGCAGCACAAACUGCCCCAAAAGAGCGCAAGCGGCGCUGGGACCAGACCGCUGACCAAACACCAAGCACCACACCCAGUACCACCCCUAAAAAGAAGAUGUCUACUUGGGACCAGGCUGAGACACCGGGUCACACACCGGGUCACACACCGGGUCACACACCAGGACACACUCCAGGCCACGCCACUCCUGGACACACUCCAGGGCACACACCCUCAAACAGCCGUUGGGAUGAAACACCUGGGCGAGCGAAAGGAAGCGAGACCCCCGGGGCGACCCCGAGCACCCGCAUGUGGGACCCCACUCCAAGCCACACGCCUGGUGGGAGUGCUACUCCAGGCAGGGACACUCCAGGUCAUGCCACGCCCGGGCAUAGUGGCUCCACACCCAGCAACCGGCGCAACCGAUGGGAUGAGACGCCCCGUACUGAGAGAGAAACCCCGGGACACGGGAGUGGCUGGGCGGAGACGCCACGCACCGAUAGGGGUGGCGAGUCUGCUGGAGAGACCCCCACACCUGGCGCUAGCAAGCGCAAGUCACGCUGGGACGAGACCCCUGUGAGCCAAAUGGGGGGACAGACGCCAAUCCUGACCCCCAGUGGAAUCACACCCAAGGGAACCCCAGCCAUGGGCAUGGCCACGCCCACUCCAGGUCACUUGAUGAGCAUGACACCAGAACAACUCCAGGCCUGGAGAUGGGAGCGUGAAAUUGAUGAGCGGAACCGCCCUCUCACCGAUGAGGAACUCGAUGCCAUGUUCCCUGAGGGAUAUAAGGUGUUACAACCUCCGGCAGGAUACGUGCCUAUCCGCACUCCGGCCCGCAAGCUGACCGCUACCCCGACCCCCAUGGGUGGUCUCACUACGGGCUUCCACAUGCAGACACCCGACCGCUCUGCCAAAUCCGCCAAUGAUCAGCCCUCUGGCAACCUUCCGUUUCUCAAGCCUGACGAUAUGCAGUAUUUUGACAAGUUGCUGGUCGAUGUGGACGAAUCUACCCUCAGCUCAGAAGAGCAGAAGGAGAGGAAGAUCAUGAAGCUGUUGCUUAAGAUCAAAAAUGGAACGCCUCCAAUGAGGAAGGCGGCGUUGCGUCAAAUCACAGACAAAGCCCGUGAGUUUGGUGCAGGUCCACUCUUCAACCAGAUCCUGCCAUUGCUCAUGUCUCCAACACUGGAAGACCAGGAGCGCCAUCUGCUGGUUAAAGUCAUCGAUCGCAUUCUCUACAAGCUUGACGACCUUGUCCGCCCUUAUGUGCACAAGAUCCUCGUGGUCAUUGAGCCUUUGCUGAUUGAUGAAGAUUAUUAUGCUCGUGUGGAGGGAAGGGAGAUCAUUUCAAAUUUAGCAAAGGCUGCCGGCUUGGCCACGAUGAUUUCCACCAUGCGUCCAGACAUCGACAACAUGGAUGAAUACGUGCGUAACACGACAGCGCGUGCCUUUGCCGUCGUCGCCUCUGCCCUCGGCAUCCCCUCGCUGCUGCCUUUUCUCAAGGCUGUGUGCAAAAGCAAGAAGUCAUGGCAGGCACGCCACACCGGAAUCAAGAUUGUACAGCAGAUCUCAAUCCUCAUGGGCUGUGCCAUUCUGCCUCACUUGCGCAGUUUGGUUGAGAUCAUUGAGCAUGGCCUAGUUGAUGAGCAGCAGAAGGUGCGAACCAUUACUGCCCUGGCUUUGGCUGCUUUGGCUGAAGCUGCCACUCCCUACGGCAUUGAAUCCUUUGACUCCGUUCUCAAACCUCUCUGGAAGGGCAUCCGACAACACAGAGGAAAGGGUCUUGCUGCCUUCCUCAAAGCCAUCGGUUACCUUAUUCCCCUGAUGGAUGCCGAGUAUGCCAACUAUUACACCAGGGAGGUGAUGCUUAUCCUCAUCCGAGAGUUCCAGUCUCCUGACGAGGAGAUGAAAAAGAUUGUCCUAAAGGUAGUGAAGCAGUGUUGCGCCACAGAUGGUGUUGAGUCAACCUACAUCAAGACAGAAAUUCUGCCACCAUUCUUUAAACACUUCUGGCAGCACCGCAUGGCCCUGGACCGGAGGAACUACAGACAGCUGGUGGACACGACGGUGGAGCUGGCCAAUAAGGUGGGUGCGGCGGAGAUUGUGCAGCGCAUUGUGGACGACCUGAAGGAUGAGGCAGAGCAGUACCGCAAGAUGGUAAUGGAGACGAUUGAGAAGAUCAUGGGCAACUUGGGUGCAGCCGACAUCGACCACAAGCUGGAGGAGCAGCUCAUCGACGGCAUCCUCUAUGCGUUUCAGGAGCAGACUACCGAGGACUCGGUGAUGCUGAAUGGGUUCGGCACGGUGGUGAACGCCCUGGCAAAGCGCGUGAAGCCUUACCUCCCCCAGAUUUGUGGUACUGUGCUGUGGCGCCUCAACAACAAGUCUGCCAAAGUGCGGCAGCAAGCCGCCGACCUUAUCUCGCGCAUUGCUGUUGUCAUGAAGACAUGCCAGGAGGAGAAACUAAUGGGCCACUUGGGAGUGGUGCUCUAUGAGUACCUCGGAGAGGAGUACCCCGAGGUACUGGGCAGCAUCUUGGGAGCCCUCAAGAGCAUUGUCAACGUCAUUGGUAUGCAUAAGAUGACGCCCCCCAUUAAGGAUCUGUUACCUCGUCUGACCCCUAUCCUGAAGAACCGACACGAGAAGGUGCAGGAGAACUGCAUUGACCUUGUGGGCCGCAUUGCCGACAGGGGGGCGGAGUACGUGUCUGCACGCGAGUGGAUGAGGAUCUGUUUCGAGCUGCUGGAGCUGCUGAAGGCCCACAAGAAGGCCAUCCGCCGAGCCACUGUCAACACCUUCGGCUACAUCGCCAAGGCCAUUGGGCCACAUGACGUUUUGGCCACACUGCUCAACAACCUGAAGGUGCAGGAGCGACAGAACCGCGUGUGCACAACCGUGGCGAUCGCCAUCGUGGCCGAGACCUGCUCUCCCUUCACAGUGCUGCCAGCGCUCAUGAAUGAGUACCGCGUGCCCGAGCUCAACGUGCAGAACGGUGUGCUCAAGUCGCUCUCCUUUCUGUUUGAAUACAUUGGAGAGAUGGGCAAGGACUACAUCUAUGCCGUGACACCUCUGCUAGAGGAUGCCCUCAUGGACAGAGACCUUGUGCACCGGCAGACAGCCAGUGCAGUGGUACAGCACAUGUCACUGGGUGUGUAUGGAUUUGGAUGUGAGGACGCUCUCAACCACCUACUCAACUUCGUGUGGCCAAACAUAUUUGAGACGUCUCCUCAUCUGAUCCAGGCUGUGAUGGGCGCUCUGGAAGGCAUGCGUGUAUCUCUGGGACCAUGCCGCCUGUUGCAGUAUGCCCUGCAGGGUUUGUUCCAUCCAGCGCGGAAAGUGCGUGACGUUUACUGGAAAAUCUACAACUCCAUCUACAUUGGCUCACAGGACGCACUUAUUGCACACUACCCACGUAUUGUCAACGACGAGAAGAACAUGUACAUCCGUACUGAGCUUGACUACUUCGUAUAAUGGUGGUGAUGGUAGAGCCGAGUAAUCUAUCGGGAAUAGACCUAGCAAGGUUCAUAUUUGAAAUCUGCUUAACGUCUUGAUCCUGAUACAAAUGUGUCACUUUUUUUAAUUUCUAUUGUGAUAAGCAUUGUGCUAAAUUUAGACUGAUAAUUACUGUUCCUUUGGAUUUUUUUAAAUUGGUAUCGAUUAUUUCUGUGGAUGAGCCUCGUGAUGUUUCGUGUUUUAGGCCCAAAGUUCCAGGGUAAUGCUGUCACAAAAACAUGGGAAAAAAGCCCGUAUAAUCCAUAUUUGUUUUGGCCUCUAUGUAAUGCAUCCACUCUGAAGAGCUUGUUUAAUUGAAUAUCCAACACAUUUUACAUAAGAACUGACUGCAAUAAAGAGUUUUGUAAUGACAGGUAAAAGUUGCAUUUAUUGUACAGAACUUCAGUUAAGUACACCAAGGAUAACUACAUUUACAAGCAUCAGCUGUGUAAUAACUUGGUUUUUAUGCUCUGGGUAACUGCAAAGUUUGCAUAUGGCACCCUAAUUGCAUGACAUUUAACUUUCUCAACAAUACAGGUGUAGUGUUAAAACAUUUUCUGUUUGUUAAAGCUUCAUUUGUAGAUUAGCAGUCUUUAAAAGUUGUUUUUGCUGCUGCACCAAUAAACGUGAACAAAAUGU